CAGUACUGCUUGAGCAAGCGAGACCAUUGCCUGAGGGAGGCUGUCACAUACGCGCACCGCUGUUGCUCGCUCUAUGCUGUUUUCUUAUUUAUGUUUUUACAGUUCAAAAAAAUGGCGAAGCUUAGCGAGCACGGGAUUCGCCUUAGCUGCAUGAGCCCUUCUUACCUUUACAGCAAUUCAACGAGUCAUACCUGGCCUUUCAGCGCUAUUGCAGAACUUAUAGACAAUGCCUGUGACCCCGGAGUUACAGCCAAACAGAUUUGGAUUGAUGUUGUUGAGAUCAAGGGGAAUCUCUGCUUGACAUUCACAGACAAUGGAUACGGCAUGACACCAAGCAAGCUGCACAAAAUGCUCAGUUUUGGCUUCACAGAGAAAGGGUCGAGUAGAGGUCAUCAGCCCAUAGGAGUGUAUGGAAAUGGGUUCAAGUCUGGAUCGAUGCGGCUGGGGAAGGACGCGAUGAUCUUCACUAAGAACGGAGGCUGUCUGAGCGUGGGGCUGCUGUCACAGACUUACCUGGAGCACAUCCGAGCAAAGGCUGUCAUUGUGCCCAUCGCUCCGUUCAACCCGCAAAACAAUAUCCUGGUAGUGACAGAGGACUCCGUGGCUAGUCUGGGUGCUAUCCUGGCCCACUCACUGUUCCAGACGCAGGAGGAGCUGCUGGAACAAUUAGAUUCCAUCCCCAGCAAGAAGGGGACCAAGAUCGUGAUCUGGAACAUCCGCAGAAACAAGGAUGGAAAGCCAGAACUGGACUUUGAGACAGACCCACAUGACAUCCGGAUACCAGAUUUACGCUCUGAGCAGCCAGGGAGUUCCAGCAAAAAGGGUUGUCGUGAACCUGAGAGGGCUGACCAGACUGUGCCAGAGAUGGACUACUCGCUACGGGAGUACUGCAGCAUCCUGUACCUGAAGCCACGAACUCAGAUCAUUCUCCGGCAGAAGAAGGUUCAGACCAAGCUGAUCGCCAAGAGCUUGGCCAACAUUGAGCAUGACGUCUACAAGCCUAACUUCAUUAACAAGCGAGUGCGAAUCACGUUCGGGUUUAACUACAAGAACAAGGAGCACUACGGAAUCAUGAUGUACCACAAUAACAGGUUGAUCAAGUCCUAUGAGAAAGUGGGCUGUCAAAUCAAGUCCAACACCCGAGGCACUGGUGUGGGGGUGAUCGGAGUGAUUGAGUGUAACUUCCUGAAACCAGCACACAACAAACAGGACUUUGAGUACACCAAAGAGUACAGGCUGACUCUGGCAGCUCUGGGAUUGAAGCUGAACGACUACUGGAAAGUGAAGAAAGCAAAGAAAUUGCAGGAUCAGGUGGAAGACAACAAGGAGACAGAGGAGACACAAGGGAACCCGGACCAGCACUGGGUGCAGUGUGAGGAGUGCCUGAAGUGGAGGAAACUGCCUUUCACAGAGGAGCCUGUCCCUGAGCCGUGGUACUGCCACCUCAACCCUGACCCCAAGUGCAGGAGCUGUAUUGACCCAGAGGAACCUGAGGAAAGUGAAGACGAGCUCACACCCAGCUACGAGAAGACCUUUAAAAAACAAGAUUUGAGCAAUGACAGAAAAAGGAGUAUGUCUCUUGAGGGAGGUAUCGUCAAACCAGAGCUGUCCCGGGGUCUGUCUGGACCACCCAAUCUUCUCACCAGUCAAGAGGAGGAGCAGGUGGAGGGGAUGGAGAAAGGCGCGGCUGGGUCGAGCGUCCCCAGUAAAAAGCAAAAACAAGGCUUGGACAGCAGCUGCCAGGACAUAAGGCCCGAAGCGUGGGGAGGAUUGGGAGAUCAGGCCCAUGCUUUCGUGAAAACAGGCUUGGGCUCCAGUGAGGAGGAAGAGGGCCAUGACGUAAUCAUAGUCUCAGAAAAGAGAACCCCUCCCACCCUGCCCAUUAUUAAAAAGGAAGAGCAGAUGUUCCUCUGGCCUGCAGGGGGUGUGGCUCCUAAAGGACAGCAGAAUCUCUGGAACAAAUCCAAGAAAAAGGCUCCCUCCACAGCCCAAACAGUCGUAGUGCCACCAAGAACGAGAGAAGGGUGGCCCGUGAAGGCCCUGACCCAUGGUAAUGUUACAGCACAGGAAGGGAGAAGAAGAAAGCCUGCUGCCAUGGCUGCAGACUGCCCAGAGAGCGAGCAGCAGGCACAGAUCCAGGCUCUGGAGCAGGCAGCCCGCUCAGAGAAACUGGCAGAGCUGGAGAAGGAGGCAGAGAGGCUGAGAGGGAAUCUGAGGGUCCCCACACUGCCCCAGGACUGCCCCACAAGCCUGCAGCAGAUGAGGCAACUGUACCAGCAGGCCUGUCGGGAGAAGGAGUUCUUCAGCCAGGGGCUGAACGAGGCCGAAGACAAACUGGUUGUCAUCUCUGCCGAAAGGGACAAGUACAGACAUAAGGUGGCUGAGCUGGAGCGGGAGAAGUGUCGCCUGCAGCAGGAGUGUCACAGGAGCCAGCAGGAGGUGCUGCUGCUCCGAGCUCAUCCUACCAGAGCCAAUGAAGAAAUCUUCUGGGGCAAGAAGUACACCAGCUUCCAGUACCAAGAGCUGGAGCCACUGCGGGCUGAGCUGGACCGGAUUCGGAGGGAGAAGAGGGAGCUGGAGAAUCGACUGAGCAGGCAAGGAGAGACCCGGGAGCAGGGCACAAGCCCCCAGCCCAGUGCCACUGACAGCAGUACCAUGGAGAGGCUGCGUAUGCUGCGCCAGAACGUAGCGAACCUGCUGAACUCGGUCCUGCCUCACUUGGACCUGAAGGAGAUCAGUUUCGACACAGGAGACAUCGACCACAUCCUGGAGAAGGUCAUCGAAGCCAACAAGAUCUGAGGCCCAGGCCAGGCCAGGACAGAUCAUGUGAUCCUUCAACAGGCUGUUGUGCCCUGUCAUUUUCAAGGAUGCUGCCUUUACAAAUAUCUGUGUAUUAUCAGCAAGAUGUCAAAAUUCUACAAAAUCUAGCAAUCACGCAAUGUAUAAAAUCUAAGAAAUAGGGAGAUUAAAUAAACUAUACUGUAAUAGUUAGCUGGACAUUAUUUACGACAUAUGUUCCAAUAACAAAGAAAAUAAAUAGCAUACCAAAUUGAUUUAGUGA